ACAAACAAUUCGAAGCACAACCACAUCCAACCAGAAGAUUGAAAACCAAGAAAAACGAAAAACAUAUACUCCAUCAAUCGAAACAUGGGCAUGAUGGAAACCUCUCCCAUCACCAUAGCUCCUUUGCUAAUAAGAAACAUAGCAACCGCCAUAUUUAUCUUUGCUGAUAAAUCCCUUGUUGCCUUGGCCCAAAAGCACAAACUUCUUGAACAUAUUCGUUAUCUUCUUGUCACUUCUUUUCUCUUCUUUCUACGUUUACUCCCUUCUCUAUUCCCUUCUUUAAACCCUAGUUCUGACCACCAAGAUCAUGAUAAUAUUCAGUACCAUCAUCUUAAGCCACACAAGACUGCAAACUACUUGCCUUCAUCAGGUUAUGGAGAUUCAGGUAUUGCUCGAGCACUCACACAGCUAUUGUCAAUCGUUAAUGAUAUUCCGGUUAGCUCAAGAAAGUAUGAAUUAGUCAGAUCAUUAGCUGAGAAGGUUGUAGAUGAUAACCAUGGAGAAAAUAAUGAGGCCUUACGUGAGGUCAACCGUGGGGUUUUAUCAGCGGCUUUUUCAAGGACACUUUGCCAGCUUGAAGCUGCCAUAAUGGAGAUAGCGCAUGACGGGAGUGAAAAUGGCGGCUCAAGGACUGGACCGGUCAAGGGUCGCUUGAACCAGAUUUUAAAGGCUGUUAGGGCUGUUGGGGAUGGGAGUUGGGCCCGGUCUGGUAGAGGUAGAGAAGGAGUGGACCGGUCCGAGGAGAAGUUGGCGGCUGAGCUGCUUUGGUUGGGUCAGAAAUUGUCAGCAUGUGGAUGUGGGGAGGAAGCUGUUCGGAGGUGGGCUUCGGCUUCAAACUUGGCUAGGCUUGCUCUCUCAGCAGAGGCUCGCCUACAAGGUUCGUUGGUGAAAGUCUCAGCCUUCCUGUUCAAACAAGCCAGAGAAUUGGGACUUGAUGAAGCCGGAGAAGGCCAGAGGGAGCCACAACGACAAACAAAGAUGAAGAUGCUAAUGUCCUGGCUGCCAUUGCUAUGCAGAGCGAGCAAUGGCACUGAUGCACCUGUCCUCAGCAUGAGGGAAAGGGCUGAGCUAGAGAUAGUAUUGGAAGAGAUGAUAGACAUGCUGGAGCACGAAGAAGAGCAGGAGCAGGUCUUGUCUUUGUGGCUGCACCACUUCACAUAUACCCCAUCUUCUGACUGGCCUAACCUCCGUGCCUCUUACGCUAGAUGGUGCGCUGCUUCUCGUCAGCUCUUAAUUCUCAAUUGAAAUUGGUAAGCAGACAGUAUCGUCUUUCCACGUGAAAGGGAUGUUUGCGGCUUAAAAAUAGACGCACGUCUAUUAUUUGCAUGACUUUCCAGUUCCUCAGGAAUUUUCUUCUGCAUUCCACUAUUUGAGGCAAACACAGAUAUGGCCCAUCUUCAUCCUUGGAAAGGCACUCUUCAGGUAUGCUGCAAAUGAUUAAUUAGUAUAUUAAACUAGUUUUAUUUAAAUGUAUUAAAAUAUUUUUUUUAAUUUUUAAUUUAUUUUUAUGUUAUCACAUUAAAACCAUUAGAAAACACUGAAAAAAUAUUAAUUUAAUAUUUUUUUAUAUAAAUAUACAUAAUUAAAAUAAACUCAAAGGCAAUUACAAAUGCAAACAUGCAAUUUUUUCUUAGGCCACUUGCUUGUGUAAACAAUAGGAAAAAAAAAACGAUUUUGAACUGAGAAAACAUCAAAUUUAUUGAAAUUACAAUUACCACAAAUUCAAGCCAUGUAAUUUACAGAGAUGAAGAGGAUGUUCUCUAAUAUCUAUUGGUCUAAACCAUGCUCCUUGAAGCUGUACAAACUGUGAGUAUCACAGUAUAGUGUUUUUGACAGAUUAUGAUGGAUGAAUAAUCAUUCAUUUAAUAUAUAACAAUUUCCAUUGCAAGACUGGAUAGCAACUGUGACCCAAUUCAAUUUACAGUAUAAACUGCUUCGCGUAGAUGUCAAAUGUCUCGGACGAGGAAAGCUGAGGCUCCUGAAAUUAAUUAACAAGCAAAAGAGUUAAGGAUUAGGCUAAGAUCGUUCCUAUCUUGGAUUUACCAAUGAUUGCAAAAAUUCCUGAUAGUAAAGCUAGCAUAUACCUGUGUUAUCUCAGUGUUGAACAGAGCUUUAUUUACUAGGGAUGCGAUGGGACCAUUUAGGCGUAAUCCACCAGUUUUCGCCCCACGAAUCACCUGGCGCAUAGAAUUAAGCAGGCGUCCAUAUGUUAAUCCAGGUUCAUUUUGCACUGCUUGGAUGAAGCAAUACGUCAAGGCACCAGUCGAAGCAUUGCCUGCCAAUGCCUGCAAAUUGAAACUACACUAAAGUGUAAACAAAAAAUGGUGUGAUAUGUUCAAACCUACAGGUUCUUGUCUUGUUCAAUUUGCAUUGGAGCUUAACCACAAUAGGAUUAGGAAUAUUUUCUAAAUUAUUUCUUCUGACAAUCAAGUAAUUGGAGGACUAACUCACUGUCGUAUCCACACUGGUUUGAUUAUCAUCACAAGCACUGAUACAAAGUGCCAGCCCUCCACUCGUGCCUUUAUAAGCAUAUGGUGAAAGAGUUUGGUCCUCCCAUGUAUAGUAUCCUUCCCUGUCAGAAGCAAAAUGCAAAAUAAAAUAAAAUGGUUCUUCCACUCAUUCUGCAA